CCGGCGCGGCGGCAGGAUGAUCAAGCUGUUCUCGCUGAAGCAGCAGAAGAAGGAGGAGGAGUCGGCCGGAGGCACCAAGGGCAGCAGCAAGAAGGCGUCUGCCGCGCAGCUCCGUAUCCAGAAAGACAUUAAUGAGCUGAAUUUACCGAAAACAUGUGAAAUAGACUUUUCUGACCAGGAUGACCUCCUGAACUUCAAGUUAGUUAUCUGCCCUGAUGAGGGCUUCUAUAAAGGAGGGAAGUUUGUUUUCAGUUUCAAGGUAGGACAAGGUUAUCCACAUGACCCUCCAAAAGUGAAGUGCGAGACGAUGGUGUACCACCCCAACAUAGACCUAGAGGGCAAUGUCUGCUUAAAUAUCCUCAGAGAGGACUGGAAGCCUGUACUAACAAUAAACUCUAUAAUUUAUGGUCUGCAGUAUCUCUUUUUGGAGCCAAAUCCUGAGGACCCCCUGAACAAAGAAGCUGCCGAGGUCCUUCAGAACAACAGACGCUUGUUUGAGCAGAAUGUCCAGCGCUCCAUGAGGGGCGGCUACAUUGGCUCCACCUACUUCGAGCGCUGCCUCAAAUAGAACUGACCAGCUGGCCGCCCGCUCCCCUCCUCCCCACCCCCUUCAUGAGGGACUCUGCCAACACCGCUGCCUUCAGCCACCAGGGGAUGCAGGAGCCAGGCACUGCAGGGCCCCCUAGCCCCUUCCCAGCGCUGCUCAAAUGGCCUCUGCCUGGGCAGCCCUUCCUCCUCUUACUCCUGCCCUUUUCGCCAAAGCCUCCUUACCCACUGGCUUGCUGUGAGGGAGGGCAGGUGGUUGCAGGGGGUGGGGAGCCCAGAUCCCCCCUUUCCUGACCAUGCAGUCCAAUUCCUCAUGGCUUCCUGCUGGUUCCCAGCCCCCAAGUGGAGCACAGAGUCCAGCUGCCUUCCUGGGGCCCAUUUGCUGCUAAGGGCAGAGAGACACCCCCUCCUCCCCCCAUGCACACACAUCCCUUCCUAUACAUCUGUGCUCUGGCACCUUCUACCUGCAGUGUGGUGGCACUGUGCCAGCUCCUCCCCUGGCUGGAAAUCAAGGCCUGUCUGAGUGCAACUAUUUAUUACAAAGGGGGGUUGUUGCAGAGCAGGGGUGGGGGUGGGGUGGCAGCCUCUCUGCCAAGGCCCUGGGGCAAUGAGCUUGGUCUGGCAGGCUUGCUCCCCCUCCCUUUUAGGUUCUGCUUCCCUUUUCUGUCUGUUUUUUUAAAAAAAAGCACCCAAUUUCAAACUGAACAAAUGCUGAUAAUUAACCAUGACUGGCCUGGGGGGCAGAGCCUCUGCCUGCUGAGCCUUCCCUUCCUGGAAGGGUGGAGCCUGUGGUCCCUGAGCUCAUUUCCCUCCCCCUCCCCUCCCUUGUACCCACCUGCUGGGGCCUGCCCAUGAAUGAACUGGUUUUCUCUGCCACUCCAGUGACUCCCAGGAGCCCCUGGCCAAAAAGCCACUGUACUCUAGUGUGUUGGGUUAUUAAAGGGGAAUGUUAGUGCACUUCA